AUGUCUCUGACAGAGACAUGGUGCCUCUACAAAACAGACAUAAAGAAACUAGACACUUACCACCUGAGGUGUUUGCGGUCUAUACUCAGGAUUAAGUGGCAGGACCAUGUUCCCAACUCCGAGGUCCUGCGUCGUUCCGGAAUGUAUGGCAUGGAGGCCAUACUAAUGCAGCGGCAGCUCAGAUGGUGUGGGCACGUCCUUCGAAUGGAUGAUCACCGCUUGCCUAAAGCUGUCCUCUACUCUGAGUUGGCAGUGGGUAAGCGGAAGCACGGUGGUCAGCACCUGCGCUACAAGGACGUGCUCAAACGGCAUCUGAGCGCUUGCGCCAUCGACCCUGAGCAUUGGGAGGAGCUUGCUGGAAGAAGGUCAUCUUGGCGUUCUACCAUCCAUAACGAUUUAACAACAAUGUCACUCGAGCAUGUGAACUUUAAUUUCACCACUGUUUUAAUUUAUGGUUAUAAUGUGUCGUACUUGAACGGUACCAGUAACAAUAUGACAUCGAUUCCUGGAGAUUCUGCCUCUCCCUCGGACGAUUUUGAACCUCUUCCUUUAGGCCUGAAGCGGUUAUUUUACGCUCUUUUCACUAUCAUAGUGGUGCUGGCCAUAGUGUUAAACUCGAUGGUCAUUGGUAUCGUGGUGUGCGUCGGGAAGAUGAGGAGGAAUCCCACUAAUUGUCCUAUAUUGACCCUCGCCAUAGCGGACCUCCUGCUGUCCGUUUGUAAUACGCCGUGGAACUCUUAUGCCAUGCUGGAAGGUAGUUGGCACUGGAGCGAAGACUACGAGCUGAACGAAUACUUGUGCAAGAUGAACCAGUUCCUGUCUAAUGCUUUCAUCGCUGCUUCAGUCUUCACGCUGCUGGCGACCAGUAUCGAUAGGUACAGAGUCAUAUGCAAGCCAUUGGGUACCACGCAAUCCAAAGGAAAGAUGGCUACGAUCAUGGUGGGCAUCGUGGCAGUCAGUUUUACCGUCUGCGUUCCGAACUAUAUCUACUUUCAUUUAUACCGUGUACAUCAGAGCACCAGAUACGUCUGCAAGUGGGACGAAGAAUUAGAAAUGGCAUACCUAGUGUACAACAUAUUAUAUUUCAUCUUCACGUAUUUGCUGCCUUUUCUUUCCAUGGCUUACUGUUAUUACUGCAUCUGCAUUUUGCUAUGGGACACCAGAGACAUUGUUGAACGUAACGAUGCACAAUGUAAAAUACAGAAGGAUCGUAAAAGGACGAUCAAAAUGCUGAUAUGCGUGGUAUCAUCGUUCGCGACAUGCUGGCUUCCAUUCCAUGUCUACUUCUUAGUUGAAGGGUUCUGGUCUAGUGUGAAGCUGUACAGACACUCGCGUAUCGUCUACAUCUCUCUUUACUGGCUGGCUAUGCUGAAUUCAACCUUGAACCCUGUGAUUUACUACUGGCUUUUACCCAAGUAA